AUGAGGGGAAGGAAUCACUCAAUCGUGUCUGAGAUUGUGUUGGUGGGACUCACUAGUACUUUAGAGAUGCAACUUGUCCUCUUUCUAGUUUUCUCUGUGUUCUAUGUAGCAGGUAUUUUAGGAAACCUUCUCAUUGUGAUCACACUGAUCUCUGACUCUCACUUGCACUCCCCCAUGUACUUCCUGCUGGCCAACCUCUCCUUUAUUGACAUAUGGGUUUCUUCUAGUGCAGCUCCAAAAAUGAUUUCUGAUCUUUUCAAGGAAAGAAAAGUAAUCUCUUUCCAAGGCUGCAUCGCUCAGAUGUUCUUCAUUCAUGUUAUUGGAGGGACUGAGAUGGUGCUGCUCAUAGAUAUGGCCCUUGACCGAUAUGUUGCUAUAUGUAGGCCUCUCCACUACCUGACCAUCAUGAAUUUUAGAACUUGUUUCUUACUCUUGGUGGCUGCCUGGAUCAUUGGAAUCAUCCACUCAUUGAUCCAACUAGUAUUUGUUGUAAAUCUACCAUUCUGUGGCCCCAAUGAAAUAGACAGCUUUUACUGUGACCUUCCACGCUUUAUUAGGCUUGCCUGCACAGACGCCUACAGAUUGGAGCUCAUCGUCACUGCCAAUAGUGGAUUCAUCUCUCUGGGAACUUUCUUCAUUUUGAUUAUCUCCUACAUCUUCAUUCUGGUCACUGUUUGGCAACAUUCUUCUGGUGGCUUGUCUAAGGCUGUCUCCACACUGUCAGCUCACAUCACAGUGGUGGUCUUAUUUUUUGGUCCAUGCAUCUUCGUGUAUUUGUGGCCACUUCCCACAGUUCCAGUGGAUAAAUUCCUUGCCAUUUUUGAUGUCAUUGUCACCCCACUUCUGAACCCUGCUAUCUAUACUUUUAGAAACAAGGAAAUCAAAGUGUCAGUGAGGAGACUGUUAAGCCAGAUCUUGAGUUUUAGGAAGCUGUUUUAA